AUGGCCUCUACUAUCACGAAUUCAGAAAAUAUAGGGAAAAGAACAGCUGAUAUCACUAUCAGCGAUGUGCCGGAUUCUACUCAGAACAACGCGGCGAACCACCAAAAAGAUAUCGCCAGGUUACCUGAACAUUUUCUCGCAACUACCGAUAAUCUCGCCGGAAACGAUGUUGCCGAGCUUGUUGAGGUCGUCCAAGGCCUUCAGAGGAAGGUUCUUGAACUCGAGACGAAAGCCAAACCUGACCCGGAAAAGUCCCAAGAAGAGGGCUUGCCGCCAGAGCUCAAAGCCGAUCUAGAGCGGCAUAGAAAGAUGGAAGCAUGCCUGUACAAGCACCGAAAGGAGUGGGAGGCCACAGAGGAUCCGGGAGAUUGGGGCAUAGAAGAUUCCAGGCCCCGUGGUUACAUGCAAAGUAACAAUUAUCAGAGGAGAUGGCGUAUGGCAUGGGCUUUUCAUCGAACAAGGAGAUUUGAUCCUCCAGACCACUUUCACCCUUCUCACGAAUGCUUGAGUGGUCAAGCUGAUGUACCAGGCCAGGAUAUUGAUGAUUUCGACCGCACUAUUGACUUUGGCAGCCGCCGAGACAGGCUUCGCAAGACCUUUGAGUGGGAAAUGGACCGCCUGUACUUGGCAGAGGAACUAGAAAGGCGUAGACAUGACGAAGUUCUCAAGCCAGGGGAGAAGGUUCAAAAUGAUUCCGACCCUCCUGAGGAAGAUGAUCACCAAGAAGAAGACACCCAGCCCAUUUACGCCUUGGCCAAGCUUAAUCGCCUACAAUGGUUCUCUUUUAGUAAGCUCUCUGGCCUGGGAGAGAAAGAUGCCUGUGUCAUGGACAUUCUAGUUGGAGAACCUGAUAUCGCUGAGGACCUGGGUGCUUAUCGUCUUUGGUAUGGCUACUCAGGCCACAGUGUCCCCAAGACGGACGCACCUCAAGAGUCUGAUGCACUUGCGUCAACGUCACCUGGGGACUCGCCACUCCCUGAAAGAAUUCGAAUUCAUUCAGCUGCGCUUUUCCAGAUUCUCGGAACUUUACUGGGGAGAACCCUGCACACGCGAACCGAGUCGACUGUUAUCAUGAUCAGGCCCUUCAAGGCGCUGACAUUCUGCGAGCCGAGGUUGCGGGACUGGUGCACGGCAUUGGAGAACAAGUUCGGUGUUGCAUCCGGCUCAGGAUCAGCAGCCACAGUUGCUGCUGGAAACAUGGAUAUCUUGGCCAGGCUGAAACAUCUCAACACAUCCGACCCUUGCAAGGUUUUCUUCUCUGACCUGUGGCACAUCUUCCGACCCGGAACAGAGGUCAUCAACAAGGAUGGCAAGCAAGCAUAUCGGGUCAUCAAAGUCACCAGCGCUAGACAUAGCGUUGCUCGUGAUUGGGGUAAUUACUACAGCUUACCUGAGACUAAACGGAAGAAGAAGGCGGCAUUCAGUGUAGUCUGCAUACAUAUUGACUUCGAUGGAAAGCAUCUUGGACCUGUACGAAGUGUCUUCGACAUGAAAAGAUUCGACGGUGCGAGAGACAUUACAUCCUUGGAUGUCUACCCUCUCCGUUUUCACCCCAUCAGGCGGGUCGACUUCAGCAACUCGGAAUGGAGCGGAACGAUGUCUAUUCCUCCACAUCAGAGAUGCCGAACAAAGCUUGUGAACCGAGGUAGUAAAUUCCUUGAGGUUGCUUCGGUGAAGCACAUGUAUUAUGCUGGGCCGACAUUGGGGGUGCGGGAUGAGGUCGAAAGUCAAGUGGUGAUCGAUUUCGAAACAGCAUUUACAGUGGAAAACGGGGCGCAAAAACAAUGGAAGCCACAUUUGGAGACUCUCAUUGGAGUAUCGACAACCGAAGAGAACGAAGAGGACGAGGAAGACGAGAAAGAUGAAAGCUGUCGCGCAGCAUGCUGCCGGAGGGAGGCUGUGCACGAUGACUCGUUUGUGGACGAGAAGCAGAGCUCUGAAUAUGUCGACAGCCUCCUUCCCAAGGCAGGCAGCCUCAAUGAACAGCUCUCAGUUGCAGUUAUCCCUCGACCGUUGGAGGAACUGUACAGCGACACUGGUGAAACCCUAAUCUCGGACGAUGACCUGUUGAUCAUGUCUCAUCGUGUAUUUGGUUUCGUUUUGCGAAACCGGAAAUGGGCGCAGCUUGACCUUUCGUAUCUGACCGACGUUCACCGGCCUGAGAAGUCGAUUGCUUCGGAAGAAAACCCCGAAGUGUUGAGCAACGAAGAGAAGAAGGAACCAAUCACCGCCUUUGAUCGCCUUGUUCUCGAAAAGUGGCACCGUCCCAUGAUCGAAUCACUCAUUGCUCAACAUUUUCGAGACAAAAAGUCAGCAACAGGCGAAAGAGAGGAGUUCGAUAUUGUCAAAGGCAAAGGCAAAGGUUUGAUCAUGCUUCUUCACGGGGCUCCUGGAGUGGGCAAAACAUCCACAGCGGAAGGAGUAGCGGAACUUUUCAAAAAACCACUCUUCCAAAUCACCUGCGGUGACCUGGGGACAACUGCAUCAGAGGUGGAGAAAGCUCUCGAGAUGAACUUCGCCUUAGCCAAUAGGUGGGAUUGCAUUCUUCUCCUAGACGAAGCCGACGUCUUUCUUGCCGAGAGAACAAAGGAAGACUUCAGACGAAAUGGGCUUGUAGCAGUCUUCCUACGCGUAAUGGAAUACUACGCCGGCAUCCUCUUCCUAACUACUAACCGUGUUGGCGACUUUGAUGAGGCUUUUACCUCUCGUAUCCAUGUCAGUCUCCUGUAUCGAGAACUCAAUAAGGAAAAGACCAUCGAGGUAUUUAGGAUCAACCUGGAUAUGAUUGAAGCACGUUUCAAAAGGAAAGGUCGAAUAAUCAAUGUUGAUAAGGCUGAGAUUGAGAGAUUUGCGAGCGAACACUUCACUGACUACUCGUCGGCACGUUGGAACGGCCGACAGAUUCGCAACGCAUGUCAGACGGCACUAGCGCUUGCUGAAUACGAUGCACAUGAUAAGAGCCACUCUGUCGCCCCGAUACCUAGGACUGCGGUCGCGCUGGACGUAAGUCAUUUCAAGAUCGUCCGAGAUGCCUAUGUCGAGUUCACCGAGUAUAUGAACGACUUGUACAAGGUGGACUCAGCGCAACGAGCCAUGGAUAAUCAGCUCCGAGCUGUCUGGGUCGAUAAGGACAACAAGAUUGUGCCUCCUACGUCGAUGGGUGGAACGGUUAGAGAUCAGAAAAAAGCGAAUUUCUUGCGAGCCUCACAGAGUCAGUCUUUCGUCAAUCAUCCUCAACAGUCGCCUCCGCCACCGCCAGUACACCAGCAGCAUUAUUCGCAGCCACAGCAGCAACAACCCCAGUACUAUCAUUAUCAAAAUCUGAAUAUGCCCCAGCCAGUCUACUCGGAGACAAGCUACGGACAGCCUCAGUCACAAAGCUAUUCCUCUGGGCAGGUUCUGGGCUAUUCUGGAGUACCAGUUGCAAACCCUCCAUUCCAAGGUUCCGGCGAAGAAGGCGGGGUUAUGGCACCCACACAGCAAAUACAACGCCCAUCUCUGGCGACACCACCACACCAGCCACUUUCUCAGCAGAAUGCGCAGCAAGUCAUCAAUAGAGGUGUCCAAUCCAUGUACGAGUCGCCUAGCCAGCAGCCGCCCAAUCGUCCCUAUUGA